AUGCAAUGCUAUAUUAAGAUUGGUGGCAAAGUCAGGUUCGAUAGUAUCUACCCUGCUGGAUUUAUGUAUAUCACCAGCAUUGACAAGAUUGGAGAAAACUUCCUCCUGAUCUAUAACACCACGGGUCACUUUGCUAUUCAUCUUAUCACACCUGAGGAGACCAAGUACAAGUUACACAAAGUGAGAAAGAUCUUUAUAGGCACAAAAGCAAUCCCACAUCUGGUGAGCCACAAUGAUUGUGUUAUUUGCUACCCUGAUCCUCUCAUCAAUGUGACUGAUACCAUUCAGGUUGAUUUGGAGACAGACAAAAGAAGCGACUUUGUCAAGUUUGUCACCAGUAACCUGUGCAUGGUGGCUGGAGGUGCUAACUUGGGAAGAACUGAUGUGAUCACCGACAGAGAGAGACAUCCUGGCUCUUUUGAUGUGCUUCAUGUGAAAGAAGCCAGUGGCAGCAGCUCUGUCACUAGGCUUUCCAACAUUUUUUGUUAUUGGUAA